AUCAGAAGCAGCAGGAGAAGAGAGUCUUUGAGCACCGGGAAAAGCUCUAUUUAAAUACCAUGUAUCAUUGUUAUUAAGAGGUUUGGAAAGUUUGGAUGGCAAAGAUAGGUUCAUGGAAAAAGAGAAGGAAGCUCUCGUUGUUCCUUCUUCUUCUUCUUCUUCUUGUGUUCUGUGAGGAGGCACCAUGUUCUCUGACAGCCGGGCUCCAGCACCGGGGGAGCAGAAAGCCUUCAAGCCCCCCCACGCCCCUCACUUCAUCCCCUGGCUACGCAACAGCCUGAAGCCCCAGCAUGGCGGCGGCGGCGGCGACCUCAACGGACCGUACAAACUGGGCAGCAACAACCGGACCCCGCUGGAGAAAACCAAGGGGAUCGGGUUCUUCUCCAAGAAGGGGGAUGUUCGGUGCAGUAACGGGGUGUCGAGGAUGCUUCCCGUGGUUCUUCGGGGCCACAACAUCCUGAAGCAGAGAGAGGACAGUCCUGCGAGGUGGACCCAGUCUCCAGAACUGCAUCCACUACCCAGUAAAGAGGACACUUCUUCGGGUACGAUCUCCACUUCUGUUCAGGACAACCACACUUUUGUGAGGAACCACCUGAGCGAAGGGACUCCAGUCAGGAAGUACGGUCCUCUAGUAAGACCCACUCCUGCUCCUGUGAUCGAGGAGCCGAACUGUAACAAGGGGCCCGUUGUGGUGGACUUGGAGCUCAGGAGGGGUUAUGCAUCCACGCUCCGUCGCAGGAGAGACCUCCACUCUUCUAGUUGGGCGAGUCCGGACACUCAGAUCGAGAGACAGCAUGGCUUCACCUCCAGCUUCAGCUACAUCCAGCAGCAGAGCAAGAGUCAGAGGGACCUCAGGGACCCGUCUGAGGGCUUCAACGGGCCCCUCAACGGGGUCAUCUUCUCCACGGAGGUUCCUCAGAGGGGCGCCGCGACUCUACGAGCUCCCAGGAAGCCUCGACCUGGCGUGGAGAGCGUGGCGGGUCAGAACCAGACGCGGGUUCAGAACAAGCCGAGUCACGAGGCGACACCGCAGAGGAAAGGGUCCGGCGGCGGCGGCGCCAGCAGGAAGGUGGUCCGGAACCAGAUCAAACGAGUGGUGGACAACCUGGAACAAGUCCUCACCGCGCUGAGGGACGUUCACCAGGAAAUGAGAGAGGUGGUGCAGCAGAUUGACCAUCUAACCUCGUCCAUUGACCUGAAUGCAGAGGAGGAGGAAGGAGACGACAGCAGCUCAAACUCAGGCUCAGUCUCCAGCGAAGUGACAGCAAUCAGCACCAAUCACAGAGCUCCAGAUCCCGAAGACCCGCCCUCCUGCAGGAGUGACCCUCACCCUCACAUCAGGAGUAAAUCUCCCCCUAACAUGCAGCUGUGCCCGGUGAACUCUGCCUUUUCAGACAGGGGUCGAACUCUAAGGUUUACCUGUAGUUUGGGUUUUUCUCCCAGACAAGGUGGGCCGCUACAGAACAAUAAUCCCCCUCAAAACGUCCAUUUGUCCCCGCAAAGAAACCUCCCUGUUCGGCCUCCGACUCCAGGACUCUCCCCUCUUACAGUUAACCUCCAUCACCAGAACAGCCCUGGAUCUCACUCUCCAAAUCCUUCUCCUCUUUCUCCAAUCCCACCCCCCACUCUGAGCCCAUCUGUCGUUGAAAAGGACAAACUUGGGACCCCACAAAGUGACCAUCCGUCUGCCGGUCUGCACUCAAAAUCGGCAACUCAACCUCCAUCUGCUCCUGCAACACAGGCUAAACCUCCCAAAGGUCACAGGGGUCGCAAACCUCCUCCGUACCCCCACCUCAGACCCUCCGAACCCACGCAGAAAAAAGUGCCGGAGCCCCGCACAGCUCCCCCGUACCCUGAGAAAAGGCUCUCGACCACCGUGUGAGACAACGGGAGAGAGGGAGGGAGGCUGAUCGACUAAAAAAAGCUGUGACAGUGGAGGUGAUUCAAGGCUCGCCACGUUUUCUCCAAGGUGACAGGACGCAGACGCAACUCAGGCUUCUGGGAGCCUCUAAAGGAGAAACAAACGUCCCCGGCUCGAGACAGACGAGAGGAUCCAAACUCCAACUAAAAGGGCACCGAGUCGAAGAGGAGGAGGAGGAAGAUGAGGAUGAGGAGGAGGAACAUGUGCUCCGGCUAAUGACAGAGUUUCAGGCGUGCCCUUGCUGAUGAAAGGAGGCGUGUCGAGGUCCAUCAGAGAGCGAGCUGCAGACAUUAAC